AUGCCCGAAAAUGGGGACCAAAAGAGAUUGUAUGCAGGGAUUCGUCAUUUCCCAAUCGUCGAACCGGAAGUGGUUCGUGUGGAGUUAGGCGAUCCGUACUCUCGAAAUUGUACACCACCUAUUAGCAAUCCGAAUGCCCGGCAUCCUCAUGUUCUUUUACUGCGUGGCAACCUCUUCGACUGGGGUAUUACCUACAAAUUAGUUACUAGUGGCACUAUUUUCUUUCAUUUUGUGAAAGAAUCCGAUUUAAAGCCAAAUCGCUUCUACACCUGCACUGCCGAGAACAUUGAGCUGAAGGAUUACAAAUUUGGUAGCCAGUUCAGUCUUGAAGUUACGACAAACCGAAGGAGAAGCUUAGGAAAUGUUCCGCCAACUGAGCAAUACGUCAAUCAAAGCUCACCGAUCGCCUUGCAGGGACAGCAGCAUAAGUUACACUGCUUCUUUUCCGGCUAUCCUGCUCCCAAGCCGACGUGGUAUCACAAUGGACGAGAAAUCAGCGAAGAAACUGAUGAAGGCUUUCGUUUUGAGUCGUACGGGAAAACUUUGGUGUUCAACGUUACCCAGGAUAAAGCUGGUAAGUACGACUGCCGAUUUCCUGUGCACAAUGACAUCGACAGGACAUUCAACGUCGUCGUUGAAGCUGCUCCAUACUGGCCAGACGGACCGCCGCCGAACACAAACACUAGUGAGGGCGAAACAGUUACAUUUGACUGUACAACGAGUGGAAAACCUGUUCCAAAGGUCACCUUCUACAAAAACGGUGUUGAAAUGAAAAAGCCGAACGAUGGUGACAAAUGGGUGAUUGAGUCGAAUCGAUUAACAAUUUAUGAUGUGAGAAAGGGCAUUCACGGAAAAGGGGACAACGCGGUUUACCAAUGUAAGGCCGAAAAUAAGCACGGUUACGUCUGGACCAAUUUCUACCUGAAUCUUUUGGCUUUCAAACCACAACUGCUUUCCGAUUCCGGUGAAGUGGAGGCUGUGACGGGUCAGUCAGUGACGUUAGAAUGCAAGUUCUUCGCCAGUCCAAACGCUGUUAUAACCUGGUCGAGUCCGGUUCUUCAAGGAAUUGCCCACGUAACGCCAGAAGCCGAAGGGGAAUAUGAGUGCACGGGAACGAACAAGUACGGCCAGGCUAAAGGAGCUGCCAAAUUGCUUGUGCGAAAGGCAACCCGACUGGAACCAUUUCGUCGAUCAGAGGAAGUAAAAGUAGCAGGUGAACCAAUUCGUCUAUCUUGUGAAGCAACCCCCGAUGAACGACUCGACGUCAAGUACGAAUGGCUUGUAAACGGACUGCCUUUACUAGAUGCGCACUUACAAUCAGGGCACUAUAAGAUAGAAAGCGAUCACUCACUGCUUGUGAAAAAUCCGACACAAUAUGACUCGGCGAAGUAUAAGUGUAUUGCUAGCACUAAGCUUGACAAGGUGGAAAAGGAGAUUCAUAUCCAAAUUAAAGAUGUGCCUGUACCAGUUCACGCUGCGUUCGUUAGCAAGUGUGAUGCAGAUUCACAGUCAGCAGAGAUCAGCUUUGAACAUAUGGAACCUGCGGACACGGUUUCUCCAGUCAAGGAAUUCUGGGUUCAAUACCAAAUGGAUAGCGAGACCGAAGGUACACAGUGGCGAACACAUCCCGUACCAGUGCAAGCUCACCCGAACGAUCGAAUCGAAGGUGAUCAACGAAUGGUGAAUGGGAAGGCUACCGUAGCUUUGCAACCUUUCGGACAUUAUGUAUUCCGUGUUUUGGCGAGAAAUGGAGUUGGUGACAGUUCGCCUACCAGGGUUAGAGAUGUAUGCAUAACACCUCCUAAGAAACCAGACCGAAACCCAUCUGGAGUUUGGGCCAAAGGCGCUAGUCCAGAAAAUAUUGUCGUCCAUUGGCGACCAAUGACACGAGAAGAGUGGAACGGAAAGAACUUUCACUAUAAAAUCAGGUAUCGUCCUUCUGAGCGUGCAGAUAGCGAAUGGAAAGAAGUCCAAGUCAACGAUCCGUUCGCUGAUCGCUAUACCAUUACGCUCGAUGAAGAUAAAGACGUGCAAGCGGUGAAUGAUGAAGGACAAGCAAACGUAGAACCGGAGACCAUCAAAGGCUAUUCUGGAGAAGGAGUACCAAGCGGUAUUCCUACAGGUUUCCGUGUUGUGAGCAAGGACGGCACCACUGCAACAUUUGCAUGGAAUCCAGUUGAUCCACGCACGGCAAAUGGAAACUUCACAGGCUAUAGGCAACUUGUUGAAGAAUUCGUAGUGCAUUAUGUUAAUGGUUAUCAAUGUCAGAUUACUUAUUGGUAUGAUGAAACCGAUGAUGACGAAGAUGCGAACGAUUUUGAAGAGAGAUUUCGAUUUAAGCGAUUUCGCAGGAUGCUGAAAAAACGAAGCAUAGAGAGCAAAAGACGUACGAUCGUUUUCGGACCAACAGCGACAUCUGGAACUAUUACAGAUCUUCAGCCGGACACCGAUAAUUAUGCGACUAUCCAGAUGAUGAAUGGUGCUCAUGAUGGAGAACCAAGCAUGGUCAUCCAAUUCCGAACCGAUGAGGGUGUCCCAUCUCCUGUUCGUGGCCUUCGUGCACACCCGAUGAAUCCGCGGAGUGCUGAAGAAAAAGCAGUUGUGCAUUUGAUUUGGAGGAAACCGCGAAGGCCAAACGGAAAGCUUCUGCACUAUGUAAUUCGCUUAUCCGGUUUGGAAUUCGAAACACCCUAUCGAUUCAUCGUUCGAGCUCAGACUAGCGCUGGAGAGGGUGAUCCAAAUAGCAGCGAUGUGACUACCUUGCCAGAGGUGGUCGCUUCUGGAAUAGAUCCGAGUACGCCAUCGUUUAUCGAGAACGAAAUCGGCGAUGACUAUAUCAAUAUCACCUUCACUCCUUCUAAAUUUGAUGAGGAGGAACGUCGCCCUAUUGGCAAUACGUUCUUUGUACAGUAUCGUGAAGUAGAUACGGAUGAGUGGAAACAGGUACAACAAGAAGGAGAUGACCUAACAGUACACGUUGGUGAUUUGACUCCUGGAACAAGAUACGAAGUCAGAGUUGCCGCUCUUCAAAAAGACCCGAGCGGGGAGGAGCGUGAAGCAUAUUCGCCGUCGGGUUUUAUAACAACCACAGGUCGAUCGCCGAGAGCAGCUCGUUUAUGGUGGUUACUGCUAAUUCUAUUAAUUCUAUUGUUGUUGCUGUGUAUUCUGUGCAUGGUCUGUGUGGCUUUGCGACAUCGUGGUCAGAACUACCCUGUUUCACAGAAGGAGCGUGAGCAAGGACGUGAACCAAUUCUGCCAAGACAACACUUUGGUGAAUACAAAAAUGAUGAUGAAAAGCGGUCACUUACUGGCAGUAAAGCCGAAUCGGAGACGGAUAGCAUGGCCGAGUACGGUGACACGGAUCCGGGCCGAUUUACAGAAGAUGGCAGUUUUAUCGGACAAUACGUUCCGGCGAAGACGUUGAUGGUUCCGGAGAGACCAGAAAAAGGUAGCACGUCUACGUUCGUGUAA